GCCAGUGACUGUUACCAUUGCGCGUCUCUGCAGGCUACCACUUUGUAUGAGAAAGACUCUGCUUCCACCUUUUCCUUCUCUUCCCGCAUAGAGACACCCACCCAGCACCCAGCACCACCACCACCAUGAACGUCCUCAAGCUGCAGAAGAAAUAUCCUCAGUUCCCGCAGUCCGAGAUCUACAGUCUCAGCGAUGCUUUUCGCAAGCUUGAUGUGGAUGACAAGGGCUACGUCGACGAGGGGACGGCCAUCAAAUCGGCGCAGAACAGCGAGCGACAGCCAUACGAUGUCGUGCGGCAGGCACUGAAAGAGGUCGAGCUGGACAGCUCGAGGCGAGUGGAGCUGGAGGACUUUGUGGACUUGAUCGCACGACUGCGGGAGAGCAGCCCUGCUCAACAACGAACGCGCGGGUUCAGUAACGCUGCGCAGAAGACGGGUGACUCGGCGGGAGCACCAGUGCCAUCUCCAUCGCACGCCAGCAAAGGCAGUGUCGGUGGAGGAAUCCAGGCGAAGGCGGGCAGGAUUACAGUCGGAGGCUCAACUGCCAGCUCGCAACACACAAUCAACGAGGAUGAGCGCACUGCUUUCACCUCGCACAUCAAUGCUGUGCUUGCAGGGGACCCAGACGUUGGGCAUCUCCUUCCUUUUCCACUUGACACUUUCGAGAUGUUCGAUGCUUGCAGAGACGGUCUCGUGCUUGCUAAGCUCAUCAACGAUAGCGUGCCGGACACCAUUGACGAGCGAGUGCUGAACCGCACGGGGAAAAAGAUUAAGACAUUGAACGCCUUCCACUUCACGGAGAACAACAACAUCGUGAUUGAGUCUGCCAAGGGCAUUGGCUGUUCAGUAGUCAAUAUUGGUGCCGGAGACAUCAUCGAGGUGCGAGAGCACCUCAUCCUGGGUCUGAUAUGGCAAGUCAUUCGACGUGGCCUGCUGGGCAAGAUUGAUAUCAAGCUCCACCCUGAGCUGUACCGACUUCUCGAAGAUGGCGAGACGCUCGAGCAGUUCUUGCGCCUACCGCCUGAGCAGAUCCUUUUGAGAUGGUUCAACUACCACUUGAAAAACGCGGGCUGGCAUCGACGAGUCCAAAACUUUUCGAGCGAUGUCAAGGAUAGCGAGAACUACACUGUGCUCCUCAAUCAACUGGCACCUAAUGUGUGCUCGAAAUCUCCACUACAGACAUCGAAUCUGGAACAACGCGCCGAGCAAGUCCUUCAGAAUGCCGAUGCACUCGAUCCACCCUGCCGCAAGUUUUUGACGCCGAAAUCAUUAUGUGCUGGUAACCCGAAGCUCAACCUGGCUUUCGUCGCCAACUUGUUCAAUAACCACCCAGGUCUUGACCCCAUCACUGAAGAAGAAAAGGCUGAGAUUGAAGACUUCGAUGCAGAGGGUGAGCGUGAAGCACGAGUCUUCACGCUAUGGCUGAACUCCCUCAAUGUCAAGCCCUCAGUGGUAUCUUUCUUCGAGGAUCUGAAGGAUGGCAUCAUCCUUCUCCAAGCAUACGACAAAGUUAUUCCUGGUAGCGUCAACUGGCGUCAUGCGAACAAGCCGCCGGCUAAUGCGGUCACUCCCGUCAGCCAAGACGAGGACGAGGCCUACCUAACGAUAAAAUCUGGCAUGUCGCGAUUCAAGGCCGUAGAAAACACCAACUAUGCCGUGGAGAUUGGCAAGCAGAACAAGUUCUCGCUUGUCGGCAUUCAAGGAGCCGACAUUACAGAUGGACAGAAGACCCUCACACUCGGUCUGGUGUGGCAACUCAUGCGAAGAGACAUCACAAAUACCCUCCAAGGCCUUGCGCAGCGCCUCGGAAAGCGAGAGAUCAGCGACUCCGACAUGGUCAAGUGGGCCAAUGACACUGUCAAGAAAGGCGGUCGUAGCUCUGCCGUGCGCUCAUUCAAAGACCAGCAAAUUGCAUCUGGCGUGUUCCUUCUGGAUGUGCUGAAUGGCAUCAAGAGUGAAUAUGUGGAUUAUGACCUGGUAUCUGCUGGUCGAACCGACGAGGAAGCGUAUGCCAACGCCAAGUUGGCCAUUUCGAUUGCUCGAAAACUUGGAGCGACGAUAUAUCUCGUUCCGGAAGAUAUCACGAGUUUAAGAUCACGAUUGAUCAUGACUUUCAUUGGCAGUUUGAUGGCUACAGCGGAGAGGUAGAUCCUCUAGAGGUCGAGGGAACAGUGCGAGAAACGUUUGGCCGUGUUUUUGAAAAGCGAUAGUGAUUAUGAUAUGCAGUAUGGUUAGGCACCGGACAGAGCGAGAUGGCAGGAGGCGCGACAUGAUGCGAAUGAUGCGAAUCUUAGCGGGCGUAGCUGAGCAGAAAUGAAAACAAACGAAACAAAAUAGAAAAUGGAGGUCCAUGGGACACAUUCUU